CGGCGAUAUCGUGGACUUGCGUUUGGACUUGAAGAUAAAGUCCGGAGCGGCGUUGAUACCGUUGGUGAUCAGAUAUGGGAUUAGUCAAAUGCAUCACGACAAUGCAAGGCGCAUCUAUAAAAAGGCUCCAUGCACUCGAGCUCGCACUUCAUCGUUAGCAGCAUUUUUCAUUACUGCUGCUACGGUUUGCACUUGUCGGCGUAAAGGCAUCCGCGACGACGGCAAGAGCUUGUGCCCUGCUCACUACUUAUCCACGCCGUUGAAGCCUGCAAGAGCCGGUCCAGCUCCCACACCUUCUGGUUGACAAUGGCAGCGCUGCCACUCAGCGCUCCGCGCGAUCACUUCCUUCUUUCUCCUUCGUACGCGGGCAACGAACCGCUAAGUGAAGUUAAAGCUGCUGAUGGAAAGAGCGUCGUCAACCCUGCCUUCGGUCGGAGUGUCUGGUACGAUGCAUUUCAAGAUCCUAUCGACGCUUCGAGACAUGGCUUUGACAUUCACAUCUACUACCCAGACUACGACGAGUCUGAAACAGACCCAUCCAAGCUGCACCCCAAGACCGUUCAUGCAUUGGCCUUGCGCGAACGGAUCCGCCGAGAGUUUCCAGAGCUUCGCUGCUACCGUGCAUGGCCUAAGCCGGUCGGUCCACACCCCACGGCCAUGUUCGAGCUAAACGUUUUCACACCCGAGCAACUCGGAGCGAUCAUACCGUUUCUCCUUGCAAAUAGAGGCGACCUGUCAGUCCUCCUUCAUCCCAACACGCACGACGAAAUCAAAGACCAUACUGAUUUUGCCGUGUGGUUCGGGCAUCCUGUUGUUCUGAACAUCGACCUGCUGCUUGAACCAUCUGCCAAGAGAGACUAG